CGCUAAUUGUUAUUCUUAAAUGUUUGUAUAAAUUUAAUCUCAUUCAUCUAAAAUAAUUAAUAAAUAAUUGUUUUGUCCCCAUUCCAUCCCUUCACAGAGUGUUCAUCAAAGAUAACCUGCGAAUGCAGCCAAAAUUCUUAGUUUUCCUGUCUCAGCUACUGCUCCUGUUUAAAUUUUGUCACUCCUGCAAAGCUGAUAAUCCACUCGUUGAAACAAAGCAAGUUGGUACCAUGGCAGUGAUCACUUCCACCUGUACCAACAAGAGGUGCAACAGGAAGGACAUAGUUUGGAAAAGUCAACCAAAUAUGCCUGGCACUAAGAUUCCUGCUGGUAAUUUCCUGUUGUGCAUGUCGAUAUUGCUGUCUGGCAGUUCUGCAUCAAAGGUCUUACAGAUGUUCCAGCACAUGGGAGUAGCCUGUUUUUCCCUAAAGACAUUCUUCAAGCACCAACAUGAGAAACUGUUUCCAACCAUUCAUUUGUACUGGAAGUCCUACCAAGACAAGAUGAUGGUCAAAUUGAAGGAAUUAGGUCAGGUGGUAAUAUCUGGAGAUGGAAGGUAUGACAGCAUGGGGCAUAGUGCAAAAUUUGUUGCAUACACCAUAUUUUGUUGCACUUUGCCCCUUAUCAUUCACUUCUCUCUUGUUCAGAGGAAUGUUGCAGGAAGCAGCCCAGCUAUGGAGUUCCUUGGGUUUAAGAACUGCAUGGUAUAUCUCCUUGGAUAUGGUCUGAUGAUCAGCACCCUGAUAACCGAUAGACAUGCAUCCAUCCGAAAAUACAUGAGAGAGCAACAGAAGAAUAUCAAGCACUACUUUGACCUAUGGCAUAUAAAGAAAAAGAUCCACAAGGUUCUAACCAGUAUUAGCAAGGAAAGUGGCUGUGCAUCUUUGAUCAACUGGAUCAGACCCUGUGAAAACCAUUUCUUCUGGAGUGCUACAUCGACUUUGUCUGGAAAUGACAAUGUCAUAUAUGCUAAAUUUAAAUCUUUCUUGAGUCAUGUUAUUAACAAGCAUAAUUUAGAUGAUCCACUUUUCAACAGAUGCAAUCAUGGUGAAAUAAAAGACAGGACAAUUGGCUUGAAAAAGGUAGUGUAAUAGUUGAAUUACAUGUACAUGAUGUAGUUCGUGGAAAUAUCCACUUACCCCCCACCCUCCCCUUACACAAACACCACCACCCCUCUCCAUGGAAGUGAUAAGAAAGUGCACUUUUGAGAUAACAAAGCAAGUGAUUAAGCGUGUGUGCAAAAUAUUAACAGAGUUGCUUAUUUGUUGUCAUAGAUUCCCCAGUA